GUGCAGAGAAUAUAUAGACGAAGUGAUUAAUAUUCUUUUUACAAGGAUGGUAUCCUCAGAGUUGCAGGUCUGGUGUGGGCGGAGACAGUGAUGGAAGGAGUCUUCUUCAUCAUGCAAACUUAUUUCACAAGUGUUUGGAAGCUAAGCUUCACCAACGCUGCUACAAUUCUGAAUAUAUGGGGUGGAUUCUACAGAAUUCUUCCAUUUUUCUUUCUCUUCCUUGCUGACACUCUUCUUGGAAAUUUGGUCACUCUUGCACUUUCCGGCAUAUCCAGCACUGCGGGUAUAGUCCUUAUCACAGUGGCAACAGCGCCAGUGUUUGGGCAUAUAGUUUCAGGAGGCCGCAGAUGCCAAGACAUGGAGGAGACUGAAUGUGUUGCCCAUACCGAAAAGCUUCUCUUCAUGCUCGGCUUGGCCUUGAUAGCUUCAGGGAGGGGCGCUCGCUUUGCCUCCACCGAACCAUUCAUUCACGAUCAGACCAACAAUAAACAUCUCAAGCCCAAGCGCCAACAAGAUCACACGGCUAACACUGAACACGACGAGACCAACAAUAGCGAUCAAGAAGAUCAGACGGCUGACACUGAACAAGACGACGAGGCUAACAAUAACGAUCAAGAAGAUGAGACCAACAAUCAUAAGGAUGCUACGAUAAAGGAGAAAUGGACACCACCAAUCUGGUGGAUACUCAUAUGCCUGCUCGUAUUCUUUUUCACGCCAGUAACUGUGAUUAUCGCAUUUCCAUACGUUAAAAAGUGGUAUGUCCUGUUUGGAGUUUCCGCUUGUAUUACCACUUCUGCAACCCUCUUCUACUUGCUGGGUGUCUGCUCCUACAAAAAACCCAAACAAAAACCAGAGAGCAGCAACCCCAUUACUGAUUUCCUCAGAGUGUUCGUAGCCGCUGCAUUCAAGAGAUCCCAACCAUUCCCCAAACAUGAUAAUUCGCGGCUCCACAGCAUUGAUAGCGAGGAAUAUAAGUCACUCUCUCCUACUGCUCUUCUCGGGUUUCUGCAUAAGGCGGCCAUUAUAGUACCCGGUGAGAAAUCAUGGAGAGUCUGCUCGGUGUCGCAAGUGGAAUCCGUCAAAAUUCUGAUCCGUAUGGUUCCACUCAUGAGCAGCUUCAUAAUGUGCGGCGUGGUAGCCUCAAUCGGAAACACUUACUUCAUAGAACAAGCGAGUCAUAUGAACUCCAGAAUAGGGAAGUGGGAGCCUCCUCUUCAGCUGCUGCUUCUAGUAUUCACCUUGGUUAAGUAUGCUCUCAUGUCAAAGAUGGCCAAGAUAAAAGUAAUCUUGGGGAAAUAUGGAGCUAUCCCAAGUGGUUUGUUGGCUAUUAUGUAUUCUGUGUUAUGCUGCCGUGGAGAGACGAAGAGUUCACGUGCUGAGAAGGCAUAAUCUACUUGACCUGCCUGAUGAUGGCGAUGUUCCCAUGAGCGCCGCCUGGCUGUAUUUCCAGAUCGGAUUUUUGGCCGCCGUGGAAUUGUUUUCUGAAUACGGACUUGCGUCGUUUCUCGAGAGCGAGGCGCCUAAA